AUGUUUCGCGAUAUAGAAGAUCUGGAAGCUCAGUACGACAGGGAUGACUCGAUGCAAGAGCCAAAAAGGAAAAAAGAGAAAACUGGUUCUCGUAAGCGAGACCGGGAGAAGGCAGAGUUUGGGCUUGCCGGCAUGAAAGUUGGACAUUCUAAAGAGAAAUUUUUAGAGGGUCAGGAGACUAUCCUUGUUUUGGAGGAUCGAGAUAUUCUGGCCGAUGAGGAAGACAUUUUGAUCAACCCAAACUUAGUAGAUGACAAGCGUUAUCAAAAAAACGUUGAAUUGCGUAAAAGGAAAAGCCGCUAUGAACCAUAUGCUGAAGAGAUGGAUGAAUUUGGCAUGCCUAAAGAGAAGGGCCUGUUGUCGAAAUAUGACGAGGAGAUAGAUGGAGAAGAGAAAGAAGGAUUUAGGCUUGAUGAAACUGGAGGGAUUGAUGUGGAAAAAGAACGUCAGGAAAUGGAGAUUAGGCGAAAUUUAAUGAUGGCAAAUAAAAAAUUGGUGUCUUUGGAAAUGCCUCAAUAUAAAUUGGCUACGGAUUUUUACACUCAGGAAGAGAUGAUUGCGUUUCGUAAACCAAAGAAGAAGAAAGACGGUUUGAAAUUAAGGAAGAAGAAAGUGAAGGUUCUAAAGGCGGAUGAUUUAUUACCCGAUAGUGUUCCGGAAGAGGAUGCUGCUAAGCGUGCCGAAAGACUUGCUCGAAGGAAAUUUGCCGAUGGUGGUGACGCAGGUGAAAAUAGUGGAACUUCAGUACAAAUUAAACCAGAGGUUGAACUUGAAGAGGGAGAGCUUGAAGACUCUCAUAUAGAUAAGGGCGCUUGGCAAACAGCUCGAAUGAGUGGUAUCGUUGACGUUAAUAAGCUAAGUAAGUUGGCAGAGAAGGAGGAUGACGAUGACGACUCUGAAGAUGAGGGUGUUGAUCUCACUGGUGUGGUUAUUGAGGAUGACGCUGAAAGCGAACUUGCCGCUGUUCUUGAUCGUGCUCGGAAGCUUCGUCGAGUUGAGGUUAAAAAAGAACCAGAAGAUGCAGAUGCAGCGUUGAAGGUGCAUCAGAUUUUGGCUGAACAUUCUGUGAAGCAAGAGCCGAUGGACGAAAGUCAAGAACAAGUUGGCACUGCUGGGGGUGUUGUUAUAGAUUCGACUAUGGAAUAUUGUCGCAAUUUGGGAGAAAUUCCCACAUAUGGGUUGGCUGGCAAUCGUAAAGAUGCUGAUGAUAUGAAAGAUUUGGGAGACAAGCAGGCAAACAGUGAUGACGAAUCGGAUGACGAUCAGACAGAAGUAGUCCGAAAAAGGCAUCGAGAGGAACGUAAGCAUGGCAUUAUGAAUGAUUACGAACAGGCUAUCAAAGAUGCGAAACAAAAUAGUAAAGGAAAGUGGUUUGAAGCGACCGCUACAACCUCGGCAGAUUUUGAUAAGUCUCUAAGGGAUGGUUAUAGAAGUGAUGAUGAAAGCAUACUAGAAAAUUAUAAUGUUCUUGGUGAGGAAAGAGAUGUGACGAAAGGUGUCGCAGCAAUGCUAAAAUUAGCGGCGGAGAAAGGUUACUUAGAAUCCCGUGAGAAGCGGAAAGUGAAAGGGCCUUCGUUGAAACACUUGGAAAGCAAAAGAUUUUCGCAGAUCGAAACUAGCCGAUACGAUAUUGAGGAGAAGUAUACAAAGAAAUUAGAAAGAAUGGGCACUACCGGUACUGGACCAGUGCGUCCCUUUCCAGAAAAAGCCGAUUAUAAACCGGACAUUCAAAUUACUUAUAUUGAUGAACGAGGCCGAGAGAUGGAGUCGAAGGAUGCAUUCCGCGUUCUGAGUUGGAAAUUUCAUGGUAAAGGACCUGGUAAGAAACAAGUAGAGAAGCGCCAAGCGAAAUUACUCAAGAAGGAGCUCAUGAAGAAAAUGAACUCAUCUGAUACUCCGUUAGGAACGUUGGAUAAACAGCUGAAGAAACAGGAGUUACUACAAACUCCAUAUAUAAUUUUGAGCGGUACUGGAAGAGACACUGGGUUAGCUUCAAAGUUUGAACUAUCAUUUCAUUGGUUCAAGAAUUUUCUUAAAAAUUCAUUCUUAUUUAAUGAGACGGAACUGGGAGUGUUUUCUGCGGUGUUGCAUAGCCAUUCUACAACUGAUCCUAAGAGGUUCAUAUUGCACGUUGGGUAUCCUCUAAAUUGCCUUUGCGGUUGA